UUGCUCAUGUUUCAUAAGAGUUGACGCACAACAUGAUUUUCUGGUUUCAGAAUAAUAUUUAAGGACAUUCUUUGUGUCACUUGAAAACACUUGGGUUUGAGAGCAGUGGAGAGGGGCAUGUCGUUAUUUUGGAACAUCACAUUCAGCUUGUUAAAGAUACAACAUGGACUGUUUACUUGAAAGAUGAAAUAAAAUGUGUAUGUUUGGAAUAUAACCAGAUCAUCAGCUCAGUAUGAACCUCAGCACCAUCUUUGUGCUUCUGCUGCUGGGCACCACAGUAUCAGAGACAACAUACACGGACAGUGAAAUUACAACAGAAGCAGGUUCAGGCACCACAGUAUCAGAGACAACAUACACGGACAGUGAAAUUACAACAGAAGCAGGUUCAGGCACCACAGUAUCAGAGACAACAUACACGGACAGUGAAAUUACAACAGAAGCAGGUUCAGGCACCACAGUAUCAGAGACAACAUACACGGACAGUGAAAUUACAACAGAAGCAGGUUCAGGAAUGCCUAUAGCAGAAAGCACAAUACAGCCAACAAAAAAGAGCCAAGUCAUCUACAGAAAUGCUCUUCUCUAUCCAUAUGGCCCGGGACUUGAUUUUGUCAACCUAAAAAGUGAUGAUGGUGCAUCCGGAUCAAUACAACUCUCUAUGAAUAUUUCUCUGUUUGGAAAGUCCUUUUCAUCAUUGUAUGUUGACAAUAAUGGUCUGUUGUCAUUUAGUGCACCAAUAUAUGAAUACACACCCAGAAAUCUCCCUGCUGCAAUAGGGAACCCAUUUCUUGCACCUUUUUGGGCUGACGUUUAUAAUAUCCAAGGUGACAUAUAUUAUCGGCAAAGCACAGAUGCAGCAUUACUGUCCCAAACUACAACUGACAUUAGAAGAUAUUUCCAUAUUAUGAACUUCUCUGCUCAGUGGGUUUUUGUGGCAACUUGGCAUAAAGUUGGUUAUUAUGGAUCUACCUCCGGCAAGGUGAACACAUUUCAGGCUGUGCUUACUACAGAUGGGAAUCAUACUUUUGUCAUGUUUAACUAUGGAGACAUUCAGUGGACAACUGGCACUGCUAGUGGUGGAUCAAGUGCAACUGGACUUGGGGGUACAGCUGCUUUGGCUGGUCUUAACAGCGGCAACACCACUGGGUGCUAUGUAAUACCCGGGUCAUUGUCUCCUUCUAUUAUUAACGUGUCAUCCACUAGUAAUGUUGGCUUUUCCGGACGCUGGGCUUUCCAAGUGAAUGAUUUGAUUCCUGAUGUUCCUAAUGGAACUAUUGGCACCACAGUGUCCGCAACACUAUACACAGAAAGUGAAAUUACAACAGAAACACAUACAGGUACAACAAUACCAGAGACAGCAUUCACUGAAAGUCAUCUUACAACAGAAAUAUCUACAGACACCAUAACAGCAGAGACCAUGUUCACAGAAACACAAACAGGCACCACAGUGUCCGCGACACUAUACACAGAAAGUGAAAUUACAACAGAAACACAUACAGGUACAACAAUACCAGAGACAGCAUUCACUGAAAGUCAUCUUACAACAGAAAUAUCUACAGACACCAUAACAGCAGAGACCAUGUUCACAGAAACACAAACAGGCACCACAGUGUCCGCAACACUAUACACAGAAAGUGAAAUUACAACAGAAACACAUACAGGUACAACAAUACCAGAGACAGCAUUCACUGAAAGUCAUCUUACAACAGAAAUAUCUACAGACACCAUAACAGCAGAGACCAUGUUCACAGAAACACAAACAGGCACCACAGUGUCCGCGACACUAUACACAGAAAGUGAAAUUACAACAGAAACACAUACAGGUACAACAAUACCAGAGACAGCAUUCACUGAAAGUCAUCUUACAACAGAAAUAUCUACAGACACCAUAACAGCAGAGACCAUGUUCACAGAAACACAAACAGGCACCACAGUGUCAGUGACAGUUUUCACGGAAAGUGAAAUUGCAACAAAAACACAUACAGGUACAACAAUACCAGAGACAGCAUUCACUGAAAGUCAUCUUACAACAGAAAUAUCUACAGACACCAUAACAGCAGAGACCAUGAUCACAGAAACACAAACAGGCACCACAGUAUCAGAGACGGUAUACGCUAACAAUGAAAUUACAACAGCAACAGGUUCAGCACAAAGCACAAUACAGCCAACAACAGAAAAGAGCCAAGUCAUAUACAGAAAUGCUCUUCUCUACCCAUAUGGCCCGGGACUUGAUUUUGUCAACCUAAAAAGUAAUGAUGGUGCAUCCGGAUCAAUACAACUCUCUAUGAAUAUUUCUCUGUUUGGAAAGUCCUUUUCAUCAUUGUAUGUUGACAAAAACGGUCUGUUGUCAUUUAGUGCACGAAUAAAUGAUUACACACCCAGAAAUCUCCCCACUGCAAUAGGGAACCCAUUUCUUGCACCUUUCUGGGCUGACGUUAAUAAAGUCCAAGGUGACAUAUAUUAUCGACAAAGCACAGAUGCAGCAUUACUGUCCCAAACUACAACUGACAUUAGAAGAUAUUUCCAUAUUAUGAACUUCUCUGCUCUGUGGGUCUUUGUGGCAACUUGGCAUAAAGUUGGUUAUUAUGGAUCUACCUCCGGCAAGGUGAACACAUUUCAGGCUGUGCUUACUACAGAUGGGAAUCAUACUUUUGUCCUGUUUAACUAUGGAGACAUUCAGUGGACAACUGGCACUGCUAGUGGUGGAUCAAGUGCAACUGGACUUGGGGGUACAGCUGCUUUGGCUGGUCUUAACAGCGGCAACACCACUGGGUGCUAUGUAAUACCCGUGUCAUUGUCUCCUUCUAUUAUUAACGUGUCAUCCACUACUAAUGUUGGCUUUUCUGGACGCUGGGCUUUCCAAGUGAAUGAUCUGAUUCCUAACGUUCUUAAUGGAACUAUUGCUUUACUCUACCCAUAUGGAUAUGCAAUUGACACUGUCACUGAAGGUCUAGAUGAUAGAACCCCGUAUUCUCUCAAUCUAUCAACUGCAAUACCUAUUUUUGGCACUUAUUACUCGUCUCUAUAUGUGAACUACAAUGGUCUAAUAUCAUUCAACACGCCAGUGGGACUACUGACACCCCAAAACCUACCAGUUUUUAAUGUCGCUUUUCUGGCCCCAUUUUGGACUCCUGUAUCUGACUAUGUAGGAGGUUAUAUAUUUUUCCGUCUGAGCAGAGAUGCUGAACUUGUUUCACGUGCAACAUCAGACAUUAGAAAUUAUUUCAAUACCACAGAUUUCUCUGCACAGUGGGUGCUUGUUGUGACAUGGAGCAGAACUGAAAAUAUUACAAAUACGGUGAACACAUUUCAGACCAUCCUGAGCACCGAUGGGAACGUCACUUACCUUUUGUUCAACUAUGCUGAUAUCAACUGGACUACGGGCACAGACACUGGUGGAGCUACUGAUAUAGGACUGAAAGGCAUGUCAGUACUGGCUGGUAUUAACAGUGGUGAGAACACCGGUUUCUAUAAACUUCCUGGCUCGUUCUCCUCUGGCGUCAGCAGUUUGUCAUCAACAAGCAACGUUAACUUUACUGGAUGCUGGAGUUUCAAAGUGGACAAAUUAUUUGUGGAAGUUCCCAAUGGGAUACCAGGUAGGAACAUUUUUUUUUUAAUCAGUGGAUUUUCUGUGUUGUUGAGUGGAGAUGACUGUUGGUGAGAAAGCGUUGGCUCUAAAUUAGAUAUCGAGACAAUUGUCACCAUAGUACCUGUGCAAAAAGAAGGGGCAUUUUGAAUUACAUUAAACUCUUAUUUUAGAUGUUAUUAUUUUUAGAUACAGUAUGUUCGCGAAGUUCAAUUUCCUUAGAACAUCAUAGUAACACAGUACUUCUUAAACGCUCUUGACAUGUAUUAUCUUUAAUGUCUACUGACAACUUUAGGGGGCCCAUUUACUAG